AUGGAGAACAUUGACGCAGUUUUCAAGUCUAUCGACGAACAUCAAGAUGAUUUCAUAGACUUGCUCCGUGAAUCUGUAGCGAUUCGAUCAGUAUCGGCUGACCCAGCUAGACGCGGAGAUUGUAUCCGUAUGAGCGAAUGGGCUCGCGAUCAAUUGCGAACUCUUGGUGCGGAAACUUCAUUCUGGGAUCUCGGGAAACAACAAUUGCAAUCUGGAGAAGAGUUACCGCUCCCACCGGCAGUUUUCGGAGUUUAUGGUCGUGAUAAGUCGAAGAAAACCCUGUUGAUUUAUGGACAUUUGGACGUACAGCCUGCUGAAAAGGAAGAUGGCUGGAAUACUGAUCCAUUUGAGCUGACGGAAAUCGAUGGAAAGUUGUUUGGAAGAGGAUCUACAGACGACAAAGGACCAGUUAUUGCGUGGAUUGCUGUUCUCAAAGUACUCAAGAAUCUUGGAAUCGAGCUUCCAAUUAAUAUCAAAUUUGUACUCGAAUGUAUGGAAGAGUCGAGUUCCGAAGGACUUGAGAAAGGCCUGGAAGAUAAUAUUGACAAGAUUUCUGAUGUGACUUACUCGUGUAUCUCUGAUAACUACUGGUUAGGAAGAAACAAACCAUGUUUGACAUACGGAUUGAGAGGAAUUUGCUAUUAUUUCGUGGAAAUCUCUUGUGCACGUCAAGAUUUGCACUCCGGAAUUAACGGAGGCUCAGUCCCCGAAGCUUUGAAUGACUUGAUGUGGAUUAUGUCUCAAUUGGUUACCGUCGAUGGGCAGAUUUUGAUACCGGGUAUUGCUGAGCUUGUAGCUCCAUUAACGAAAGACGAAGAUGAUCUUUACGAUAAGAUUGAUUUCUGUGUGGAUACUUUCAAGCAAGAGACAGGAUCUCAUGGAUUGAUUUCUGACAGCAAGAAGAAUCUUUUGAUGAACCGUUGGCGUUAUCCAUCGCUAUCUCUUCAUGGAGUUGAAGGAGCUUUCAGUCAGCCUGGAGCAAAGACUGUCAUCCCAGCUAAAGUCAUUGGAAAGUUCUCUUUGAGAAUCGUUCCUCAUAUGACACCAGAAGCCACCGACAAGUUGGUCACAAGCUAUCUGGAUUCUCUGUGGGCAAAACGAAAGUCGCCAAACACUUUCAAAAUUACAUCAGGACACGGAGGCAUGCCAUGGGUUGCUGAUUUCCGUGAUGCCAACUUCUCUGCUGGAUCGAGAGCUAUCGAGAGAGUUUACGGAAUGACACCAGACUUUACAAGAGAAGGAGGAAGUAUCCCAGUCACUUUGACUAUUCAAGACCUUACCAAGAGCCCAGUCAUGCUUCUUCCAAUCGGUGCUUCUGAUGACAUGGCACACUCUCAAAAUGAAAAGAUCAAUCGCGAAAACUUCGUCAAGGGAAUGAAAGUUCUCGCUGCCUAUUUGUUUGAGCUGGCCGUUUAA